AUGCAAAAAGCCAUCAUAGAAGAAAAUGGAGCAAUUUUCGUUCCAAUCACAAACAGCACUCCACAACAACAAGAACAAAAUCUGAUCGAACAAUUUGAACAAUGUUUAACCAAUGCGGAACAAUCCAUCAAGCAAAUUGUUGCCUCCGCAUCACUCCGAGAUGUUGAAAGACUCACCCUCCAAUUUAGAAAUGUGGAUGAGGAUUUUACAAGUUGUUUUUCAGUUUUGAGAAGAGUUUUUGGAAAUCAAUUACCUGCUGUUACAUUGAUGGAAAUUGAUUCACAAGUUGAUGCUAAAAUUAAGGUACAAUUGCAAGCUCAAACUCGUUCAGGAAUUGAGAAUAAUGGUUUGGUGAGAUUCCAUGUUGGAGAACGUUUUAGUGAGACUGCUGCUUAUCAGGGAGUUUUGUACAUUUCAGGACAAGUACCAGAUGAUGGAACUAAGGAUAUUGAAGGACAAACUGAGGAAGUUUUGGCAAUGCUUGAUGCUCGUCUUAAGGAGGCAGGAACUGACAAGACAAAAUUAUUGAUGGUUCAAAUUUUCUUGGCUAAUAUGGUUGAGGAUUUUGCUGGAAUGAAUAAGGUAUGGGAUGCUUGGGUUCCAAAAGGUAAUACUCCACCAAGAGCUACUGUUCAAGCUCAAUUGGCUAGACCUGAAUGGAGAAUUGAAAUUACAGCAACAGCUGCCAUUAUUUAA